CGCUGCCAGCAGAGCUGCGGCCGCGCCCGUGCCCGAGGCGGCGCGCCCUCCUCGCCCUGCUCCUGCCGCUGGCCCAUAGGGCGUGCAAGGAUGGAGGAUUCCCAGGAGACGUCGCCGUCCUCCAACAACUCCUCCGAAGAGCUCAGCUCUGCCUUGCAGCUCUCCAAGGGCAUGUCGAUCUUUCUCGACAUACUGAGGAGAGCAGAUAAAAAUGAUGAUGGGAAAUUGUCCUUUGAGGAAUUCAAAGCAUAUUUUGCAGAUGGUGUGCUGAGUGGAGAAGAACUACAUGAGCUCUUCCAUACCAUCGAUACACAUAAUACCAACAAUCUUGACACAGAAGAACUAUGUGAAUAUUUUUCUCAGCAUUUGGGGGAAUAUGAGAAUGUACUAGCAGCACUUGAAGACCUAAACCUUUCUAUCCUGAAGGCAAUGGGCAAAACAAAGAAAAACUACCAGGAGGCCUCUAAUUUGGAACAAUUUGUAACUCGAUUUUUAUUGAAGGAGACCUUGAAUCAGCUGCAGUCUCUCCAAAAUUCCCUGGAAUGUGCUAUGGAAACUACUGAAGAGCAAACUCGUCAAGAAAGGCAAGGGCCAGCCAAGCCAGAAGUCCUGUCUAUUCAGUGGCCUGGAAAACGAUCAAGCCGCCGAGUCCAGAGACACAACAGCUUCUCCCCAAAUAGCCCUCAGUUUAAUGUCAGCGGUCCAGGUUUAUUGGAAGAAGACAGCCAGUGGAUGACCCAGAUAAAUAGACUCCAGAAAUUAAUUGACAGACUGGAGAAGAAGGAUCUCAAACUUGAACCACUGGAAGAAGAAGUUAUUGAAGGGAAUACCAAAUCUCACAUCAUGCUUGUGCAGCGUCAGAUGUCUGUCAUAGAAGAUGACUUGGAGGAAUUCCAGCUUGCUCUGAAACACUACGUGGAGAGCGCUUCCUCGCAAAGUGGAUGCUUGCGUAUUUCUAUUCAGAAGCUUUCAAAUGAAUCUCGCUACAUGAUUUAUGAGUUCUGGGAGAAUAGUAGUGUAUGGAAUAGCCAUCUUCAGACGAAUUAUAGCAAGACAUUCCAAAGAAGUAAUGUGGAUUUCUUGGAAACUCCAGAACUCACAUCUACUAUGCUUGUUCCUGCUUCAUGGUGGAUCCUGAACAACAACUAG